AUCCCCUUUCAAGGCAUAUACGCAAACAUGAGAAUGGUUCACAUACUCACAUCCGUUGUCGGAUCAAAAUGUGAAGUACAGGUGAAAAAUGGAAGUAUAUAUGAAGGAGUUUUUAAAACAUACAGCUCUAAGUGUGACUUAGUGCUGGACGCCGCUCAUCAGAAAACGGCGGAAUCCAGUCUGGGGCCCAAACAAGAAGACAUAAUUGAGAGCAUCUUGUUCAAGUCUUCAGAUUUCGUUAUGGUGCACUUUAAGGACAUGGACUCCAGCUACGCCCAGAGAGAUGCUUUUACCGAUUCUGCCAUCAGUGCUAAAGUUAAUGGCGAACACAAGGAGAAGGAUCUGGAGCCCUGGGACGGAGGAGAAGGCGCGACGGCGGAAGACCUUGAAGCUUUAGAAACGGACGUUUCCAAUGGAUGGGAUCCCAACGACAUGUUUCGCUACAACGAAGAAAACUACGGGGUGGUUUCCACGUACGACAGCAGUUUGGCUUCCUACACGGUACCCCUAGAAAGAGAUAAUUCAGAAGAUUAUUUAAAACGGGAAGCGAGAGCGACCCAAUUAGCGGAAGAAAUCGAAUCCAGCGCUCAGUACAAGGCUCGGGCGGCUUUGGAGAACGAUGAACGCUCCGAAGAAGAAAAAUACACAGCAGUUCAGCGGAAUGCCGCCGAACGAGAAGGAGCCUUGGCAGCCCCCAGGGAGAACAAGUACAUCCCUCCCAGCCAGCGCAAUCGAGACAUCCUUCCUUGGGGUGCCGGAAGGCAGAAUGCACCGAGGGCCGGCCCGUCUGGAUCGGGCCCCUCCGUGUCCAGACCCGGGUCUCACUCGUCAGACUACAGCCUCCACUCGGGGACCGACCAGAGGAUCGUUAACGGAGGUGUUCCCUGGCCAUCGCCUUGCCCAUCUCCUUCCUCUCGCCCACCUCGCUACCAGUCAGCUCCCACCUCUCUUCCACCACGGGCAGCCACCCCUACACGGCCGCCCACCAGGCCCCCCUCGCGCUCCUCCAGGGCCCCGUCUCACCCCUCUGACUAUGGCUCUCCAGCUCCCGUCUCUACUCUGCCUAAACGCAUGUCUUCAGAAGGACCCCCCCGGAUGUCUCCCAAGGCGCAGCGGCACCCGCGAGGCCACCGAGUCCCGGCAGGGAGGGGCGUCAUCUCGAGCGGCUUAGAAUUUGUCUCCCACAACGUGCCGGGUGAAGCCGCCGGCUCCUCCUCCUCUUCCUCCUCCUCCUCUUCCUCCUCAGCCCGAAGCAGCUCUUCAGGUGGGACGUGGUCCUCGGUGGUCAUGGGGGUGACCAGGUCGUCCCCCAAGGCGCACAGACCCCGGUCUCCGAGGCAGAGCAGCGGGGGAGGGAUCCCUUCCGGCCCAGCCUUGUCUUCCCCCCAAGCUGGCUCAACCCCGGCCGAAUUUGCAGCCACCCCGGUGCCCGCAGCCUCGCCCACCCCCACCAGUCCUGCCGCCAACAGAGCAGGCACCCCAUCUGCGGAAGCGAAAGACUCCCGGCUUAACGAGCAGAGGCAGAGCUCUUCCCCUGCGGCAGCCAAGGAACAUCUCAAGCCCAGCGAAGUUUCUCCCAAUUUUAGCAAGCCGGAAGGCGGCAAAGGAGUUUCUCCGGCUGUUCUAGAACACAGGAAACAGAUUGACGAUUUGAAGAAAUUCAAGAACGACUUUAGGUUACAACCCAGUUCUACCCCUGAAACGGUGGAGCAGCUGCUGAGUAAAAACCGAGAGGGUGAAAAGCCCCGGGAGGCCCCCAAGGAGAAGGUGGAGCCCAGCCCGAAGGACUCGGCGGCCGAACCGGUCAGCAGCGCGGCCCCCUCGGCCGGCGGGAGCAGCUCCCCAAACAGCCCCAGCGCUUCUCCCGCCAGCAGCCUGUCCGAGCAGAAGGCCGGGCCGGAGGUGACCUCCCAGGGCGUGCAGACAUCGGGCCCUGGAGCGAAGCAGGAGAGGGAGGACAAGGAGGAGAAAAAGGAGGCCAGCGAGCAAGUCAGAAAAUCCACGCUGAACCCACACGCGAAGGAGUUCAACCCUCGGUCUUUCGCCCAGCCCAAGCCUUCCACCACGCCCACCUCGCCCCGCCCGCCAGCCCAGCCCAGCCCUUCGAUGGUGGGGCACCAGCAGCCGGCUCCUGUCUACACCCAGCCUGUUUGUUUUGCUCCCAAUAUGAUGUACCCGGUUCCUGUCAGCCCGGGCGUCCAGCCGUUAUACCCCAUCCCCAUGACCCCGAUGCCAGUCAACCAGGCCAAGACCUACAGAACAGUGGCCAACAUGCCUCAGCAGCGGCAAGACCCUCAUCCCCAGAACCCCCUGAUGCACCCGGCCUCGGCCGCCGGGGCCCCCAUGGUUGCCACACCGCCCGCCUACUCGGCCCAGUACGUCACCUACAGCCCCCAGCAGUUCCCCAGCCAGCCUCUGGUGCAGCACGUCCCCCACUACCAGUCUCAGCACCCCCACGUCUAUAGCCCUGUCAUUCCGGGCAACGCUCGGAUGAUGGCGCCUCCGGCCCACCCACAGCCCGGCCUGGUUUCUUCUCCUGCCACCCAGUACGGGGCCCACGAGCAGACGCAUGCGAUGUAUGCAUGUCCCAAAAUACCCUACAGCAAGGAGACAGGCCCUUCUUUCUACUUUGCCAUUUCCACCGGUUCCCUCGCUCAGCAGUAUGCCCACCCCAGCGCCGGCCUGCACCCACAUAGCCCCCACCCGCAGCCCUCGGCCACCCCCACGGGGCAGCAGCAGUCGCAGCACGGGGGGAGCCACCCGGCCCCUAGCCCGGUGCAGCCCCACCAGCACCAGGCGGCCCAGGCCCUCCACCUGACCAGUGCCCAGCAGCAGUCGGCCAUCUACCACGCCGGCCUGGCCCCCACGCCGCCCUCCAUGACCCCCGGCUCCAGCGCCCAGUCCCCGCAGAGCAGCUUCCCGACCGGCCAGCCGACCGUCUUCGCCAUCCAUCCGUCCCACGUCCAGCCGGCCUACACCAACCCGCCCCACAUGGCCCACAUGCCCCAGGCCCAUGUGCAGUCAGGCAUGGCUCCUUCCCACCCCCCUACCCAUGCUCCAGUGAUGCUCAUGACGACGCAGCCGCCGCCCGGUGGACCCCAGGCCGCCCUUGCGCAGAGUGCACUGCAGCACAUUCCAGUGUCCACAGCCACACACUUCCCCUAUAUGACGCACCCUUCAGUUCCCACUCACCAUCAACAGCAGUUGUAAAGCUGACCUGGCAGAGUAACUGAGGCUGGAUCCCUCUUUUCUUUUUCCUUUUCUUUUCUUUUUUUUUUUUUUUUUAAAAAGGCCAAAUACCUUUCAUUUUUUUUUCUCCUGCUUCAUCCAACUUGGAAGCACAGAAACAAAACAAAAGCAAAUGAAACAAACAAACAAACAAAAAACCCUUAGUAUUUCACUUAUUUUUAAGGCGAGAGCGAAAAACGAUAAAAAACCAAGGUGUCACAUCCGGUAGGGAUGCUAAUGGUUUCCAACCUUCCGGUGGGAGAAUUUUUGGACCACUGAGUCACAGGCAGGUCGAUCCCUCCGGGGGACGAUUCCACGAUUCCGUGCGUUGUGUCAAAGAAACUAAAACGGCCCCAAUCCGCUUGCAGAAAAAGAGAAAAACAAAAACUGGAAAAGCUAUUUAUUUUUUAAAACAGCCCUUCAGAGUUACGAAUUCAUGAGCGUAGAGAACCCGAAGUAACAAGAGGUGAGUCUUGUUGCUGUUCUCACUAAAAAUAAUAAUAGCAAAUAGUAAUUAUGUAAAUCAAGACUCUAAACAAACAAAAAAAAAUCCCUUCUGCCACUAACUAAACUUAAAAGAGGUUUUGUGGGGGAAAGAAAUCUAAUAAUGGUCAAAUGGAUAUGGAUUUAUUAUUUAUAAAACGAAAAUCAUGUCUGAGGGGGAAAGAGAACCACUGUCCCAAGGCAGCGGUCUAACUUUUAAGUUAAGAGGAAAACUUACUUUGUAGAUAAUAU